AUGGACGAAGAAGUGUCUCUGAUGGAUUUUCUGAAGGAAUGUAACGACGAAACGUAUCAAAAAGAAGUCAGUUUUUCACUUUUUGCUCAAGGAAAAAUCGGAAGAUCUUCAGGUCAGACUGUGGGGCUUGGCGUCGAAGAGCGGAUACGCUGAUUGGGUGGAGCGAAGGUUCCAUCUUUGCUGGAGCCCUGAAAGAUGCAAACGCGAGAAGAUCCUCCACAUCGCCGCCAAAUUCCCCCAGGAAGGCCUGAUUUCGAUGCUCAUCGGGGCUGGAGCUUCCAUCGAAGCCAGAGAUUAUGUUAGUUCACGUUUUUAGAAAAACAAAUGAGCCAAUUUUCGUUCCUUCUCCUACCGAAAUCCUACUGAAAAGGCCCAAUUUCGAAGCUAAUCGGAGCUGAGGCUUCACAUGAAUGAGAUCAGAAGAUUUCAAGUCGAAACUAUGUUUUUUGCAGAAAGGUCGAACGCCCCUAUCAAGGGCCUGCAAAGCCGGAAAGUUGAAGUCGAUCGAAGAUCUCAUCGCCCACGGCGCCGACGUCAACUCCCAAGACGACAACGGGAAAACUCCGUUGGUCCAACUGAUGAACUCGAUGGUCGAGGACCGGGACGAACACCUCUCCACGCUUCUCAGAGCCGGUGCAGACGCCAAACUAGCCUACAAAGUGAGACUUUCCGUGCACAUUGGCGGGGGCUCUUCGCGCGGGUAGAUGUCGAACGCCCGUGUUCUCCCUCCUAUCCAGGCUUGUGUUUUUGGCUGGGCCAUCUAGCCCGGGCUUGGGGCCUCAUUUUUGCAAAGAAGCCUUGGGCCGGGCCAAGGUUCAAACAAUUUUUUCUCUAACUUUCACCGUAAAGUUAUUUUUUUACUCGUUAAGUCAUAGUUUCUCUUGAUAUUUGAGUGAAAAAGAACCCAAAACGUGAUUUUGCUUGAAGCCCUGCUUAGGCCGCGUCAAGUCGGGCUUAGAAAGUGGCCGGCGGGCCGAUAGGUUGACGGGCCGACCCUCGCCCAAGCCUGCUUCUCUCGGCUUUCAGAGGACUUCGCGUUUAUGCCAAUCUUUUACCGAUUACUUUCUCUCGACUCCGCAGACCUACUGAUUUUCGCUCUUUUUCACUUUUAAAAGCAGCCGCGGUAAGAAUUAACCGGUGUCGGGAUGUAUGAUCAAUCCUUCCCGACUUGAAAGAGCGUCACUCUUUCCAGUCUACUCAUCUUUCCUUUCAAGUCGGAAAGGAUUGACUAUAUGUAAAGAUAACUUUUGAACUUUUCCACUCGAAGUUGAGUUCUGAAAUCCCGGAAGAAAUGAAGAAUAAUUCCAGGUUGAUGUCCAGCCGCUGCACAGGGCAAUAAUCAAAGAUUGUAAAAAGUCGUUCCGGGAGAUCCUGAAACAGGAAGUUGAUGUCAACGAAGUGGGCUGCUCGGACCACGUGCCAUUGUCCUUGGCCCUUCUUUCCAAGAAAAAUAGCUCGUUUUUCGUGAAAGCCCUAUUGGACCACGGCGCCGAUCCGUUCACCAAAAAAAGCGGUUUGUUCUUUUUGAAUUACUAUUUCAUUUGAAAAAAAGCAAAAAGGAAAAAUAAAUUGAAAUCUUACUUUUUUUGAGUUUUUUUGAUCGGCCUCUGAAUGAGACUAGGUUUAUAUAGAGAGAGCAGUUUUCAUCAUUUAUUCGAUACGAAGAUUAAUACAGUUCAAGGGCCGAAGUGACCUUCAACAAAACCAUUUAUAAUUCCAUUUCAUUUCAUCAUAAAUGUAUUUUUGUCAUUCAAGAGAGUCGACGCAUUUAUUCGGAGUCGACGCGUUUAUUGCCAUGUAACCCAAACCAAAAACCCAGUAGGAAUGCGACAAAAAUCAAGGGGCGGCGAUACAGAUAAAAAAUUUGGCGAUUGAAUGUACGGGGGGGAACUGUGAGUGUUGAGGUAUUGUUUCCCAAGCUUUCUAUUAAGGGCUUUAUGUAACUCAGUCUACAGGUUCUCUUCUGAAUCAUGAAAUAAUUGAAGACUUGUUUGUCCGUUUGAGAAACUAUCGUUGAUCAAGCGUAGAGCAUCAGGCCUCUCUUGUGAUAGUAGUCGACGGUUUUCGGGCGUUUUCGACGAUCCAUUCUUCUCCAUGUAGGAACAGUACGGCGCCCAGCUUGUCGCUGGAUUUAAUCUCAGAAGCAAGCGGAAAAGGGCUUUUGUAUUGGAAAGAAGCUGUUUCCGCCGGAGCGCCCUUUUUGAAGUUUACACUUACAAAUUCUUUUUGAGAAUUUUUGACUAUCGCUGAAACUGGUGCGGUGGGGUCGACGGUGUUUUUGCCAGUGGUAGAGAGGGAGUAUGAGGGUGGGCGGGUGAAACAUACUCCCGAUUAGGCAAAAACGAUCGGAAUGAUGAGAAAAUGUAAAAAAGCGCUCUUUGCCUUCGCCGAGGUUACUGUGUGCGCAAUUUGGCUGUGUGCAACAGUGCAAUAUCGCGUCGCCCUCUCUUUUCUUUCAAAAUGAAAUUUCUUCCCGCUGUUUUCCAUUUUGGUGACAAAACUUGCACGGACGCCUGUAGAAUUAUUCAGGGAUACAAAACUCAUUUCAGAAUGUUUUUUUUCCUCUGAUCCGAAUUUUAUAAACUAUUUUUGAACUCUGCCUCUGAGAAAACUUUUCGAAGGCAAGCUGAUAAUGAAAAUUCGGGUUUUAGAAAAAUGUGACAUUCUGUACAGCCUUCAUCGCGUUUCUAGCUUGAAAAUAUACACAAGUUUUUUUGUUUUGGAUGGAAAAGAGCUAAAAAAAAAUAUGAAGAAAAAAGUUCCAGUCCUCGUCAAGAGCGCGUUUUGCAGUGAAGUUGCUCAGGCUUGUGCGAGGGCCGGCCCGUCACCCUCCCGGUCCCCCGACCAUUUCGUAAGCCUGGCCCGGCCUUAGCGGGGCCUCAAAAAAAUGGCCCGCCAGGCCCAAAACGCGUAAUUUUUCUAGUCGAAUAUCAAGUUUUUUUUUCCGACAAGAAUUACGUUUUUGCUCAAUUCCCCGGGCCGGGCCGCCCGGCCUGACGCACAAGCCUGAGUUGCUUUAUGAACGAAAUGAAUUCUUUCAUUUCCGGAGAACUCUCUCAAUUACAUCUCUGGAUCGAUUCCUGUUUCAUUCCAUCAUUCAGAGACGCCAUCAACUUCUGCACCGUGCCGUGGCGAUCGGAGACUCUCCGUCGGUCAACGAAUUUCUGUUGCGAGGCUUCGAAGUCAACAUGCGCAAUGACUAUGGCUUCACGCCGUUGAUGACAGCCGUCAAGUGCAGAAAUUAUCAUUUGAUAAAGCUCUUGCUCCGUUAUGGCGCCGACGUCAAACUCCUAUCACCGGUUUGAUUUUCAUCAAUUAAAUGGGUUUCCAUAGAUCUGUGAUGACCAUAACCACAGGCCGUAUGCAAUAAAGUGGAUUAUGAGAAAGGCCUCAUACUCACUAUUAAUUCAUUGAUUUUUGACUUUUUUUCUGAUUUUUUUAAUGUUCAUAAGAAGAUUCACAUCCAAGAAAAAAAUUUAAAAAGAAAAAAAGGCUAAUUUAAGUUAUUUUUCGAAAUUCAAGAAAAAUUGCGGAAAAUCAUUUUCAUUUUUUUAUUCCGGCCUUAAAUAUUGGAAGGGCCUGAAAAUAAUCGAGGAAGUGCGCUCCAUGGAUAAUCUUUGCAAAAAAAACCUUUUCUUCCCAAAUUUUUAUGAAUUUUUCUCAAUUCUUUUUUUCCGUUUUUUUAGUAGUUCAUCUCAGAAAAAAAUAAAGAUAUGAAGGGUAAAAAAAAAGAAGCUGGGAAAAUUUCAGUCAGAGGGUUUUUUGGUGAAUUAGAUGAAGAUCCUGAAGAUCUCUAAAGUUCAAAACUUGAUAGUUUCCGAAAAAGAAACUUGUACUCUGAUCAACUUUUAGGGAAAUCCCGACCGCAAAGAUAGUUAAUUUUGCGCAGGACGGCUCUCAGAACACAGCUGAAUAAAAGCUACAGUAAACACAGCUUCUAUGUGCAUUUCCUCAUUGAGACGUUUGAAAAAUAAGCAAAACAAAACUGAAGAAAGGGUCUCAAAAAUUCAAAAAAAGGGGAGAACUAGCAUGAAAUGGAAUGAAACACACUAAAUUAAAUACUGGAAAAAAAGCAUAUUCCGAGGGUCACUUUCUAGAACCAGUAGUUCGUCGCCUGACAUUUCAAUGACCAAAGUCGAAGGAAAGAAAAGAAAAAAACUUGUAUGUUCAGGUUGGAUGGUCUCCUCGUCUAGGCAGUCGAUCGCUUGUAGUUGAUGCCACAAUAUCAGGUUGCCCAAAGACUUUGAAAAGGAUCCUCGACGCCGGAUUGUGGCCCGCCGUUCGGGGCAAACAAGGGAAGAAGUUGAUGAGUCGCUCCAUCGAACAACAUGCAUUCGAAGUGACCGCCUGGCUCGUCAGGAAGAAGGUCGGCAUCCGUGGACAGAACGAGGUAAUUCUCGAUGUGAUCUUUACAGUUUAUUCGGUUUUUAUAUUUCAAACUGCAAACUCCGCCCCAUUGGCUACUGUAUCUUUCGCGUCGAUGUUUAUCACGCGCGACGAUAAUUCUUUGAUAGCGCUGUAGUCAACCUGUCCCAACUUGAAAGGCGGGGGAGACAGAGAAAUGUGCGGAACGCGUAGCGUAUGCGUACGCGGAUCUUGGCACGAGUCCAAUUCAAUUUUGAAAAAAUGAAAAGAGCGAUAAAUAAGAACUCUAAAUAGUCGCUGAAGGUUGAAUUGGACUCGUGCCAAGAACCGCGUACGCGCACGCUACGCGUCCCGCUUUUUGCCCCGCCUCCCUCGUCUUUCAAGUUCCAAGGGUGAAAAAAAAUCUUGUCAUAGCGCUCAAUUUUUCUGAAAAUUUUGUUUCAGCAGCUUAUAAAAAGUCAAAAAAUAAAGCGCUAUUAAAACGCAUCGCGAUAAAAUAUCGACGCGAAAGAUACUGUAGCCUUGGGGAGCGGAGUUUGCAAUAAAGUUGUAUCAUAACAAUUUCAAGACAAAACCGAUGCGAUUUACAGAACGGCGAGACGAUUUUGCACCAGUUAGCCCUAUUGAACACUCCGAAUCCCUUGAGGGCGAUGGGCAGGCGCAGAAUCGAGCUGAACGACGUCCAGGACGACGACGGCAACACGGCCAUCCAUUUCGCAGCUUCAUUGGACUACGUCCAAAAUAUUAAAAUCCUUCUGGAUCGGGGCGCGAAUCCCGAAAUUCGCAACAUGGUGAGCUAUUUCGCGUGCGUUGAAAGCUACCGACUUACGCACCGCUUUUUGUAGUGUUCCCUUAAGACCUUUCUCCAAUGACUUGGUUUUUGAAGCCUCUUUCUGGACAUAACUGACCAAUUGAAGUACACCUGGAAUGGCUUCAAGGUGCGCCCGACCAAAAACGACUUAUCGAAUAGAUUUCGUUCAAUGACUACUUAAGUGGUCUUAAAGUCUCCAAAAACCCUUGAAAUUCCGUCCAGCGAUCACUUGAGAAGUUUCAGUGACUCCCAAGCGUCCAUCUCAUCGAAAGAGUUUCGUCCAGUGGUCACUUGAGUAGAUUUAGAGCCUCUUGAGUGGCCCUUUGGGAUUUCUUUGAAAAAAUUUCUUUUAGUGAAAUCACCUAAGUUGUUAACUCUUUAAAUUAGCCUUUUUGAAACGAUGGAAUUUUUUAUCUUUUUUUUUCUCUCUUUUUUUUUCCUUUUUUGUCGAAUAUUUAUCGUUUCAGAACGGCGAAACACCCCUGGAUGUCGCUAAACUUUUCCAGAACAGUGGUUCGGAAUACGUCCUGGGCAAAUAUCUUGAAAAAAUGGUUCUCAUUGUUCCAAAUCCUAAAGAAAAAAACUUCGCUUUACAGGCCGAUGGAAACAGCGAACUCAGUCACUCCGACAGCGACUACUCUUUGAUAGAUUUUGAAGAAGUUUCCGGAAUGGAUCAAUAA